AUGGCCAAGCGCCCUGCGCCGCCAAUCCUUUCUCAAAGAAGACCAAGCGCUUUCUUCCAGAAGUCUUACUCCCACCAGCCAUUGCCACCUCAGCCUGACCACUCAGACCACAGACCCAACGGAAAAGGUUCAAAGAAAGUGGAACUGGAACUUACACGGGUCACCUCUCGUGGUGCAUCAAACGACCAGAUUUCGUCAUCGAGCUUUACCAAACUUAAGGUUACCAGAUAUAUCCUCCUUGAACCCCUGGGAAUUUCUUACUCGAAUGUGGAAGUUCAGCCCUGGGUGAUCGGGGAAUAG